AUGCAGACCCCUCCGGACCAGCCGGUCACCAUCGACAACCCUACCACGGACCAGCCGGUCAGUACCUCAAACCUCGCCAUGCAGACCCCUCCGGACCAGUCGGUCACCAUCGACAACCCUACCACGGACCAGCCGGUCAGUAUCGAUCCCCUUGCGACUUCCUCGCCAAGCCACUCCGACUUGAAGAAGCGGGACGUGGUGAGGGCUUUCGCCCAUAUCGACAACUUUUGGCGUCGGUUGGACCUCAGAGUGCCAUCGGCUUCACUUUGUUGGCGACUGCAAUUUUCUACGGCUCGAAGCCCCGAAUCUUCCAAGCUUCUGCGCCUUCAGGUCGUCAGAUCCUGGAACUCCCACUUCCUCGAAGCUACAGGAACUCCUAUGACUAGAGUCGGAGGAGGCACCAACCAGUUCCCCGACCGAGACGAAGGGAGUCUGAGUGUAUAUGGGAUGGGUAAAUUCAAAUUCCACUUUAUAGAGUUCUUUAGCAAGAUCCCUUACGUCCUCCUCAACCUGCAGAGGCUAGUGAGCGGAACGGUGGCUGUGAUGCCCGAUUUCUUCGAGUUUUGA